AUGGCUGCCGCUACCGAACCUGCGCGGACACUUCGACGCGCUACCUACGCAAAAGUACAGGACUUGACGCCCGGUUCACAAGGUCAUAACCUCGUGCUGCAGGUGGUUUCGGUCGCACCCGUUGUGGAGAAGAAACGCUAUGACGGCUCGAUCUCGAGGAUCGCCGAGGCCGUGCUGGCUGACGAGACGGGGUGCGUCACGUUCACUGCACGAAACGACCAGAUUGACGUGCUGAAGGAAGGUCUCGUGCUGGUUUUGCGCAACACGAAUGCCGACAUCUUUAACGGAUUUAUGCGGCUCAAUGUGACGCAAUGGGGCAAAUUGACGGUGCAUCCGGAUACGGUGGCUUCGACUCCUCCACCACCUCCCAGCAUCAAUACCAAGGACAAUGUGUCAGCCGUUGAGUAUGAACUAGUCACGGUUAAUGACGCGGACGAGUAG